GUCCCCUCUCUGCGGCCGCAGAAUGAAGCGAAAGGUAAACAAGAGGCCUGGUUGACCGAGUGUGUUGCCAUCAGGUGAUUUGAUUGCAUGUGCGCGUCACUUUUUUAUGGAGUAUAAACGCUGAUAGAGGUCCAGCAUGAGCGGCGACAUUUCCUCAAUUGUUAGCAAGGACGAGCCGGACGUGUACGAAAUGCCGAUGGAAGUGAUUACCAGGCCUCUGCAGUCGGAGCUGGACGAGCAAAAAGUCAAAAGUCUGAUGGACACGAUCAAGAAUCCGGACACGAUCCACCUUGUGCCGCCGAUCGACGUGCUUUGGCUGCAGGGCAGCGAGGGCGGCAAUUACUACUUCUCGUUCGGCGGCUGCCACCGCUUCGCGGCCCACCAAAGACUGAACAAGCAAUCUAUUAAAGCGAAACUCAUCAAGUCCAACCUAGCCGAUUUGCAAUGUUACUUGGGAUCUUCAACUCCGAAAAAUCUUAAAUAGUUGUUUUAUCUCUUGAAAUUCCAAUAAGUCUGUUACGGAUAAAACGUGAAGUCAAAAUGUUGUGCUUUUAUGGAAAUAAAAUUUCUGAAUAUUUUAAUUUUUUUAUCAACA